CUUGUGUCCCAAAGACCGGAAAGCUGCUGCCGCUCCUCUUCAAAAAUGGCUUUUAGCGACAUGAACGGCGAUGGCUCAGAGCCCGAGGAAGGAGCCACCGUGGAAGGCGAAGUUAUCUCCGUGGGCAACGUGUUGGAGACGUUCACUGAGAGCCAGCAAACCAGAGCGUUGAUCGGCAACUUGAGGGACGCCUGCGGAGAUUUGGUCACUCAGGAGGUUACAAUUGAAAAAUUCCUAGUGAUAAUGGACAAAUACCAGGAGCAGCCUCACCUACUGGACCCUCAUCUAGAGUGGAUGAUGAACCUGCUGCUGGACAUGGUGAGGGAUAACGCCUCUCCUCCCAUCCUGGUGCACCUGUCUUUUAAAUUUCUCUACAUCAUUACCAAGGUGCGUGGAUAUAAGACCUUUCUUGGUUUGUUUCCUCAUGAAGUUGCCGACGUCCAGCCCGUCUUAGAUAUGCUUGCAAAACAAAACCCCAGAGACUAUAAAACCUGGGAAACCCGCUACAUGCUCUUACUGUGGCUCUCGAUGACCUGCUUGAUUCCCUUCGAUUUUUCACGCCUUGACGGCAACCUCAGCUCAGAAGAAGGGCAGACCCGAAUGCCCAUAAUGGAUCGCAUCCUCCACGUAGCAGAGACCUACCUGGUGGUCAGCGACAAGGCUCGCGAUGCAGCUGCCGUGCUCGUUUCCAAGUUCAUUACCCGCCCUGAUGUCAAACAGAAGAAGAUGGCCAACUUCUUGGACUGGACCCUCUCUACACUCUCCAAAUCAUCUUUUCAGACCAUGGAGGGGACCAUUAUAAUGGAUGGCAUGCUUCAGGCCCUGGCACAAAUGUUCAAGCAUGGAAAAAGAGAUGACUGCUUGCCCUAUGCUUCUGUGGUACUUGCAUGUCUGGAUAACUGCAGACUCUCGGAGAGUAACCACACCCUUCUCCGCAAACUCGGGGUGAAACUGGUUCAGAGAUUGGGCCUGACCUUUCUGAAGCCCAAGGUGGCCAUAUGGAGGUAUCAGCGUGGUUGCCGCUCUCUAUCUGCCAACCUGCAGCUCUCUGCCAAGGGCCGCGAGCCCCCUUCCUUGGACAAGGUGACCGCCAACAGCGAGGAAGACUACGAUGUCCCAGAGGAAGUGGAGAAUGUGAUCGAGCAGUUGCUGGUUGGAUUGAAAGACAAAGACACAGUCGUCCGGUGGUCUGCAGCCAAAGGGAUCGGCAGACUAACCGGAAGACUUCCAAAGGAGCUGGCAGAUGAAGUGGUCGUUUCUGUGUUGGAUUGUUUCAGUUUUCAGGAAACAGACAACGCAUGGCACGGUGGAUGCCUGGCUUUAGCCGAACUAGGCCGGCGAGGAUUACUUCUGCCCUCUCGACUCUCAGACGUGGUUCCUGUAAUCCUGAAAGCGCUCACGUAUGAUGAGAAGCGGGGAGCGUGCAGCGUAGGUUCCAACGUGCGAGAUGCUGCCUGCUAUGUCUGCUGGGCUUUUGCUCGAGCCUACGAGCCUGAAGAAUUGAGGCCCUUUGUUCACCAGAUUGCCAGCGCUCUGGUGAUAGCUGCGGUAUUUGACAGGGAUAUCAACUGCCGAAGAGCUGCCUCUGCUGCCUUCCAAGAGAAUGUGGGGAGACAGGGCACCUUCCCUCAUGGCAUCGACAUCCUGACUGCAGCUGACUAUUUCGCCGUUGGUAACAAAGCUAAUUGUUUCCUCAGCAUAAGCGUUUAUAUUGCCGGCUUCCCUGAGUACACCCAGCCCAUGAUCGAUCACCUUGUCAGUAUGAAGAUCAACCAUUGGGAUGGGGUCAUCCGAAAACUGGCCACCCAGGCUCUGCAUAAUCUCACCAGGCAGGCUCCAGAAUACAUGAUCCACAGCGUGUUCCCCAGGCUUCUGCCCUCGGCCGUGGGCCCAGACCUGCACACUCGCCACGGGGCCAUCCUUGCCUGCGCCGAGAUCACCUAUGCGCUGUACAAGCUGGCAGCUGAGAACAAGAGACCAAUCACGGAUUAUUUGGACCAAGCGACGUUGGAGGGCCUUAAACAGAUCCACCAGAAGCUCAGUGAUCACCAGCUCUACAGAGGAUUGGGUGGCGAACUCAUGAGGCAAGCAGUGUGCACUUUAAUAGAGAAGUUGUCACUUUCAAAAAUGCCUUUCAGAAAUGAUCCAGUAAUAGGUAGCUGGCAGUGGCUGAUUAAUGACAGUUUAAAAAGUCUCCACCUGAUUUCAAGCAGUGCAAGACAACAGAUCAAGGAAGCUGCUGUGUCAGCUCUGGCCGCCCUGUGCAGCGAAUAUUACCUGAAUGAACAGGGAGCAGCAGAUCCGGCCAUCCAGGAUGAGCUGGUGCAGCAUUUCCUCUCCGAACUUCAGAGUGCCGACGAGAUGACUCGCUGUGGAUUUUCACUGGCCCUGGGAGCCCUCCCCAGCCCCCUCCUUCGAGGCCGACUCCAGCAGGUGAUUGAAGGCUUAAAGAGAGUCACCCACAUCGCUCCCAAGGACGUGAGCUUUGCUGAAGCCCGAAGAGAUGCCCUCAAAGCCAUUGCCAAGGUCUGUCAGUCGGUCGGCGUGAAGGCAGACGGCUCCCCGGCCGAAGUUGUGUGCGCGGGAAACGUGGCCCUGAUCUAUUCCAUGCUGCUCGGCUGCAUGAACGAUUACACCACGGACAGCAGAGGGGACGUCGGAGCAUGGGUCCGGGAAGCCGCGAUGACCAGCCUCACGGACGUCACGCUGCUACUGGGAACGACGCACCCGGAGCUGAUCGAGGCCGAUGUGUGCGAGCGACUUCUCUGCUGCGUGGCCCAGCAAGCCAGCGAAAAGAUCGACCGAUUCCGCGCCCACGCCGGGUCCGUGUUCCUGACGCUGCUGCACUUCGACAACCCCCCGAUCCCCCACAUCCCCCAUAGGGAAGAGCUGGAGAAGAUGUUCCCCAGGUCGGAAGCGGCCACGCUGAGCUGGAAAGCCCCUUCCCAGGCCUACCCCUCCAUCACGCGGCUCCUGGACCUGCCGACCUACCGCUACCACGUGCUGCUGGGCCUGGUGGUCUCCGUAGGCGGCCUGACCGAGUCCACGGUCAGAUAUUCAACUCAGAGUCUGUUUGAGUACAUGAAGAAGAUCCAGAACGAUCUGCCGGCUCUGGACGACUUCUGCGGGACCCUGCUGCAGGUGUUUGAGGCCAACCUCCUGAAUCCCAGGGUCUCUGUCCCGCUCCUGAAAAUGCUGGAUCAGAUGCUGGCUAAUGGCUGUUUUGACAUCCUGACGACUGAGGAGAACCACCCCUUUCCCCUGAAAUUGCUGUCCCUGUGCAAAGAAGAAAUCAAGAAGUCCAAAGACAUCCAGAAACUUCGCUCCAGCAUUGCCGUGUUCUGUGGGAUGAUUCAAUUUCAAGGGGAGCUGAGAAAGAAAGUGUUCUUCCAGCUGUUUCUUCUUCUCUGCCACCCAUUCCCUAUUAUCCGGAUGGCGACAGCCAGCCAAGUGUACGAGACAGUACUGACCUACAGUGACGUCGUGGAUGCGGCCAUCGCGGACGAAGUCAUGGCGGUGCUCAGCGACACAGCCUGGGACGCCGAGCUGCAGGUCGUGAGGGGGCCCAGAAACUACCUGUGUGACCUCCUGCAGGUGCCCAAGCCCCAGCUGGUGUCCAAGCCUUCAUCUGGUUGAAACCCCCUUUCUGGAAGCUGGCUUCCCUACAGCUCCACGGAGCCUCGUGGACCACCAGACGUGCCCACCAGAAGAGCGGUCAUUUCUGAGCUCUAGGUCCAGGGUGAAAAAGGCCACCAGCUUGUCUGUUCACUUACCUUCGAAAGCGUUUGUAGCCACAAGAUGGCAGUUUGUCUUCACGGUCUCGGUGUUAGGGUGAAGGGCUUGCGCUUUGCUUGUCUGCUGAAAGCUUGGAGGAGAAAGCCCUAUAAAAUCUUCUAG